AUGAAGAUCAGGCCACCUACCCACGAGCAUGAGCCUGUAACAUGGAGGAACCUUAAGAAUCAUCUAUUCGUCGGAUAUUACACAGAACGUGGAGAAGCAGGAAAGUACAUUCGCUCUAGUCAACAAACAGGAGAUAUAAGGAUAAAGAAGAAAUGGUUUCUUCAGGAGCGUCGCCACCCGUCAUCACCUAAUUGUUCAACGCGUCAAGCCAACACACGGAUAUUUCAACUAGACCGAUAUCCAGCAAGCUCUAUUUCUCCUGUGUCUAACUUCCAACCUACUCCGGUCCCAUUCUACACCGUCGAACCUACACAUUAUGCCAACCUACCGUGGUUCGGUCACUGGGCUCGCGCUCUUCAAGCGGAAUGGCCCCUCACAGAAAUGGAGAGGCAAAUUUGGGCGCCGGAUCCUCCGGUGACAGCUAGAUUCGAAUAUCUCGAGCGGAACCGGGUCGAUAGCUUCGAACCAGUGGUAAGCUUCACGGUCUACCCGUCAAGUUCCCGGACCGGUGGUUUACCAGACGAUUUCAAGACCCCAAAAUGGUAUCGCAUAGGGGUGACUGAUGCAUUCGGUGUUAUUGAGCAUGGCCUUUCGUCGAGAUUGACUGUAAAUAUAUCCAAUAAACAAUUUUGGCUGAAUUAUGAUAUGCUGUUUGGUUACCCCUUCGAAAGUUGUCGAUUGAACCGCCACUCUCAACACUCUUACUCGACCACCACCGAAAUGUCCUCACUAUUCAAACCAGCCAAACAAAAGAAGAAACCAGACCCAUCCCCAUCGGGUCCAUCACCUCAUUCUGGUCCCCCUGGGGGUUCUAGUACCAACUCAAAGUACCAGAAAGCCUGCGAUAAUCUCAUCGGCGCUACCAAAAUCGUCAAGGCUCUCGCAGAAGCGACUUCAUUUCUCGGGCCUUUGAAAUCUACUUGUGAAAUGACGAGGCUAUUUUUGGAAAAUAGCAAGGCGAUCAGCGAGAGUACAGAAGGCCUCAAGGCUUUAUCCAAGUCGCUCAGGUCCCAUAUCGAUACCCUUGAGGGUUCAUGGGUCAAGCUACAGGAAAAACAGACGGAGGCACUACCGACUGGACAACAGGACUUUAUUCAGGCGUUGAACGAUUAUAUAGAUGGCCUUAAGAAUACACUCGAAAAGGUUGAUGAGGCAGUCAAGGAGAAGGCCGCCAAAGCGCUUUUUCGGAAAAUCUAUUCUGCUCGCAUCGAACCUGGGGUUCUUGCAGCAUAUAUAAACGAUAUUGAGCAAUAUUCGAAGGCGUUCGAGAAACCGAAGACGGCCCGACUCGGACCCGAGAGACCACGGCCAAUGGGAACCCAGCACCAGGCUUGCUUGAAGGGAACACGGGAACCAAUUCUUCAGGAGAUUCGCGACUGGAGGAGGUCCAAAACUGUCGAGAAGCGUAUAUUCUGGCUAUGCGAUAUAGGCGGAUCAGGUAAAUCUACUGUCGCGUACACAAUGUCUCAAGAAUGGGACGAGGAGACAGAUAUUCUUCUCGGUCGAUUCUUCUUCUCGAAGAAUGCGAGAGAUACUACCGACACGGAUUCAUUCUGCUCAACUCUCGCGAGGGACCUAGCGUCGAAGGAUCCAGGAUUGGGCGAUGUAAUCACUAAUGCAUUUCAGACCGAUUCUCUCCUAACCGAGCGAGAUUUUCUCAAGCAAUUUCAGAAACUCAUCGUAGACCCUUUAGGUUCAAUUCCACAGGAUAUUGUCUUCGUACUUGACGCGGUGGAUGAGUGUAAGAUCGAGUCACGCAGGCAGAUGCUUCGAAUCUUGCUGCAAGAACUCGCUUCUCUUCCCAAUCCCAAGAUUCUUCUUACUAGCCGCCCGGAGCCGGAUAUUGUGAAUUUACUUCAGGAUAAGGCGGUCGUUCGCGGAAUGCAAUUCGAAAUGCAAGGCUCCAAGAAUCAGUCGAACAUGACAGACAUCACUUCGUACGUCGAUCAUCACCUUACCAAGCUAUUAUCUAGCGGGUACCGGCAACAAAUAGUAAGGCAAUCGAAUGGGCUGUUCAUCUGGGUCUCGACCGCACGAUUCGAACUGGAAUUGGCAGCGGAUAAUCCAGCUCAGUUCGAAGCGACCCUAGAUUCACUUCUAUCCAGGAGUGCUGGAGGCGAUUUACAAAACCUAUAUCUUGGAAUACUCAAUAGAGUACUCAGAGGACGAUUCAAGGAGCUGAUAUGCCGCAUUCUCGGAACGCUCGCUAUUUUAUAUGAGCCGGUCUCUAUUACAG